AUGGCUCGCGUACUGGAAGGCAAAUUCGGCAUCGUCACGGGCGGAUCGCGGGGAAUUGGCGAAGCGAUUGCUCGCAAUCUGGCCGAAAAGGGCUGCUCGCUGCUAUUGAACUUCACAUCUGAGUCUUCGCGUGCUCCCACUGAAGCACUAUGUGUCUCUUUGGCCGCAACCCAUAACAUCAAAUGCCAGAGUGUGCAAGCCGAUCUGAGCAAUCCCGCCGAAGGCGUGGCAGCAAUCAUCGCUGCAGCACAACGACAUUUCAGCUCCGCGGGGAAGCUCCAGAUUGAUAUUCUGAUCAACAAUGCCGGCGUGUCCCAAGAUCGGAACUUGAACGAUCCUGAGAGAGGACCCAUUGAGGCCGAGCACUUCAACUGGCAAUAUGCGAUCAAUGUGCUCGCCCCUCUCCUCCUCACACAGGCCUGUCACCCCUUCCUCCCUACCGACCGGAGUGGCCGUAUCGUUAGCAUCUCCAGUGUAUCUUCCUCGCUUGGUUUCGUGGGCCAGUCGAUCUACGGCGGUACUAAGGCUGCCAUCGAGGCGAUGACUCGCACCUGGGCACGCGAGUUGGCCGAUCGCGCAACGGUCAAUGCCGUCAAUCCUGGCCCAGUCGUGGGUGAUAUGUACUUUGCAACUGGAGAACAAUUCUGGCAGGAUAUUCAAGGAUACCAGGAUAAUACCCCCAUGAGCAAGCUGGAUGUAAAUAACCAGGACACCAUGAGUCGUUUGACCGAUGAACAAAAGCGGUUGAUUCAGGAGAAGAUGGGUGGUCGUCGACCAGCAUUCACGAGCGAGGUUGCCGGUGUGGUCGGCAUGUUGUGUACGCCCGACGGUCUCUGGUGUACUGGUAGUGUGGUGUGUGCCAACGGAGGCAUGAAGAUGGUGCAAUGA